GACGACGUGUCCUCGCCUUGACGACGGUAACCAGGGCAUCGCUGAUGUGCCUCAGGAAAACUCUGUUCCUACCAACAGAGACAAAAUAAACUACGUCCAACGGUUCUGUAACAAAGUUUGUGAGUCAGCGACAUCUUGUUACAUCAAACCAUGCAGCUGAAGCAUUUGAAGACGCUGCUUCCUCCACAGGAUGGAGCUGCAAAGGUUACGUGCAUGGCGUGGGCCCCGAAUAACGGCAAGUUUGCUGUCUGUACCGUUGAUCGAGUGGUUUUGCUCUAUGAUGAACAGGGAGAGAGAAGGGACAAGUUCUCAACAAAACCUGCAGACUCCAAAUAUGGGAAGAAACACUACAUGGUCAAAGCUAUGGCAUUUUCUCCAGACUCCACAAAAAUUGCUAUUGCUCAAACCGACAACAUUGUUUUUGUGUACAAAAUCGGAGGAGAAUGGGGAGAUAAAAAAGUUAUUUGCAACAAAUUUGUGCAGACGAGCGCUGUAAUGUGUCUGCUCUGGCCAGCAGACAGUUCUAUAGUGUUUGGACUGGCAGAAGGGAAGAUUCGAGUGGCCAACACAAAAAACAACAAAUCGUCUAGUAUCUAUGCAACAGAGUCCUACGUAGUCUCAUUAACCUCAAACAUCUCUGGGAAAGGAAUCCUGUCAGGACAUGCAGAUGGGACAGUCGUGCGAUAUUUCUUUGACGAUGAAGGCUCAGGGGAUUCUCAGGGAAAAUUGAUGACUCAUCCGUGUCCGCCGUAUGCUCUGGCGUGGGGAAGCAACAGCAUCAUCGUCGCUGGGUGUGAUAAGAAGAUCGUGGUCUAUGGGAAAGAAGGACACGUCCUUCAGACGUUUGACUACAGCCGAGAUCGCUUGGAGAAGGAGUUCACGGUUGCAUCGACAAGCCCCAGUGGGCAGUCAGUGGUGUUGGGUAGUUAUGACAGAUUGAGAAUUUUCAACUGGAACCCUCGAAGAGGUGCUUGGGAUGAAGCUUCUCCUAAAGAAAUUCCUAAUAUAUAUACCAUCACAGCUCUGGCUUGGAAAAAAGAUGGCUCACGACUCUGCGUGGGCACUUUGUGUGGAGGGGUGGAGCAGUUUGACUGCUGCCUUCGUAGGAGCAUUUACAAGAACAAAUUUGAGAUGACUUACGUUGGCUUGAGCCAGGUGAUCGUGAAGAACCUUUCCACUGGCACACGAGUUGUGCUCAAAUCUCAUUACGGCUACGAGUUUGACGAGGUGAAAAUCAUGGGGAAGGACCGCUACUUGGUGGCCCACACCUCUGACACCCUUCUGCUGGGGGAUCUGGUCUCCAAUAAAUUGAGCGAGGUGGUGUGGCAGGGCUCUGGAGGAAAUGAGAAAUUCUUCUUUGAAAAUGAGACCGUGUGUAUGAUAUUCAACGCAGGAGAAUUGACCUUGGUGGAGUAUGGCAAGAACGACAUCUUAGGAUCUGUUCGCACUGAAUUUAUGAACCCCCACCUCAUCAGUGUCCGUCUGAACGAGAGAAAACAGAGAGGAGUGGACAAUAACAAGAAGUUAGCCUAUCUAAUCGACCUCAAAACCAUCGCCAUAGUGGACUUGGCUCUCGGGUGUAACCUUGGGACUGUUAGCCAUGACCUGAUGAUUGACUGGCUGGAGCUAAACGAGACGGGACACAAGCUGCUCUUUCGGGACAAGAAGUUACGGCUGAACCUGUUCGACAUCGAGGGUGGAGUGAAAACCACCGUCCUGAGCUUCUGCUCCUACGUGCAGUGGGUUCCAGGCAGCGAUGUGGUGGUGGCUCAGAACCGCAGCAACCUGUGUGUGUGGUACAACAUCGAUAGUCCAGAAAAAGUCACCAUGCUCCCUCUGAAGGGAGAUAUUGUCGAUUUGGAACGGGGGAACGGUAAGACCGUGGUGAUCGUGUUGGAAGGAGUGAACACAGUCUCCUACACACUGGAUGAAGGAUUGAUCGAGUUUGGUACAGCCAUCGACGAUGGCGAUUUUUACAGAGCCACAGCAUUCCUAGAAACCCUGGAGAUGUGUGCUGAGACGGAAGCUAUGUGGAAGACACUGAGCAAGCUGUCUCUGGAGGCACAGCAACUGCACAUUACAGAGAGGUGCUUUGCAGCUUUGGGGAACGUGUCCAAGGCCCGCUUUCUGAAAAACACUAAUAAAAUUGUCGACAGCAUCUCGAAGGAAUACGGAGGCGACAGCAAAGAGCACUUUCAAGUGAAAGCACGCCUAGCGAUGCUAGAUAAGAACUAUAAACUCGCCGAGAUGUACUACUUGGAACAGAAUGCAGUCAAUGAGGUGAUGAAAACGUACCAAGAGCUACAAAUGUGGGACAACUGUAUCGCAAUAGCAGAGGCUAAGGGUCAUCCAGAAGUAGACAAUUUGCGGCGCAGCUACUCCGCCUGGCUGAUCGAAACCAAACAAUACGAGAAAGCCGGGGAAAUAAAGGAGAGGGAGGGGGACUACGUAGGAGCCGUUAACUUUUACCUGAAGGCAGGACUUCCGGCUAAAGCGGCCUGGCUAGCCAUGAACAGGGACGAGCUCCUGUCAAGCAAUAUCGUCUCCCGCAUUACCGCUGCUCUCCUCAAGGAGGAGUUCUAUGAGCGAGCAGGAGACCUCUUCAAGAGGAUCAGUAAUAACCAGCGAGCGCUCGAUAGUUACUGCAAAGGCAACGCUUUCAAAAAGGCUGUGGAGCUUGCACGUGUGGCCUUUCCUUCCGAAGUGGUGAAGCUGGAGGAGGCCUGGGGCGACUAUCUAAUCCAGCAGAAACGAAUGGACGCUGCAGUCAAUCACUACAUUGAGGCUGGGUGUGGUACCAAAGCAGUGGAAGCAGCGAUCGGGGCACGGCAGUGGAAGAAAGCCUUGCACAUCGUGGAGUUACAGGAGGACAAAUCCUCAGCCAAAUACUACCUAAAGAUCGCUCAGCACUAUGCGUCUUUACAGGAAUAUGAGGUAGCCGAGCGUCUGUUCGUGAAAGGAGGCCACAUCAAAGACGCCAUCGACAUGUACGCUGAAGCAGGCAGAUGGGAGCAGGCACACAAGCUUGCUGUGAAGUGCAUGACUCCGAGCGAAGUGUCCGCGCUCUACAUCAGUCGAGCCGUCGAGCUGGAGAAGGAGGGGAAGUUUAAGGAAGCUGAAAGGCUGUUUUGUACUGUUGGCGAGCCUGAUAUGGCCAUCACCAUGUACAAAAUGAAAAAGCUCUAUGACGACAUGAUCCGUCUGGUCGCCAAACACCACAAAGACCUGCUCCAGGAGACUCACAUUCACUUAGCCAAAGAGCUGGAGGUUGAGGAAAGAUUCCAGGAGGCGGAGUAUCACUACAUUCAAGGCCAGGAUUGGAAAGCAGCAGUCAACAUGUACGGAACAAACGAGAUGUGGGAGGAAGCGUACAGGGUGUCAAAGAGCCAUGGGACAGCCAGCGCCCACAAGCAAGUGGUGUACAUGUGGGCCAAGAAUCUGGGAGGAGAGACAGCUGUAAAACUUCUCAACAAGUUCAGCUUGCUGGAGGACGCCAUCGAUUUCGCGGCUGAAAACCGUUCAUUUGACUUCGCCUUUGAGCUGGCGCGAUUAUCCCUGAAACAGAAGAUCCCAGAAAUCCACCUGAAGAACGCCAUGUUUCUGGAAGACGAGGGUAAAUUCAGUGAAGCUGAGACGGAGUUCAUCAAAGCAGGAAGGCCGAAAGAGGCCGUGCUGAUGUACCUACAUAUACAAGACUGGGGCGCGGCGCAGCGCGUGGCUGAGGCUCACGACCCGGACAGCGUGGCGGACGUGUUUGUGGACCAGGCCAAGUGCUGCCUCGAGGAAAAAGACUUCCAGAAAGCAGAAGCACUUCUACUCCGUGCACAGAAGCCUGAGCUCGCCAUCAAAUAUUACAGAGAAGCCGAGAUGUGGAGCGACGCUAUGCGCAUCUGUAAGGAGUACAUACCCAAUAAGCUGAGCGUUCUGCAAGAGGAGUACGAAAAAGAGAUCGCAAAAAGUGGCAGCAGGGGUGUAGAGGGUGUUAUCGAGCAGGCUCGGGAGUGGGAGCAGAGCGGUGAAUAUGCUCGGGCAGUGGACUGUUACUUGAAGGUGAACGAUCCGUCCAACGUGUCCCUUCUCAUCACGUGUUGGAUGAAGGCAGCAGAAUUGGCCAUCAAGUUUUUAACACGCGAGAAGGCUGUGGGUGUUGUUCAGACUGUUGGGCCACGUUUGGUGCAGCAAAGAAAGUACACUCCGGCUGCUGAACUGUACCUCAACUUGGACCUCAUUAAGGAAGCCGUAGAUGUGUUCAUGGAGGCGGAAGAGUGGAACAAAGCCAAGAGGAUAGCCAAAGAGUUGGACGCAAGGCUGGAGGGAUAUGUUGACCAGUGUUACAAAGAACACCUGAAAAACAAAGGCAAGGUGGACUUGCUGGUCGGAGUAGACGUCAUGGCUGCGUUAGACGUGUAUGCAGAGAGAGGCCAGUGGGAGAAGUGCAUCGAUAUCGCUUCUAAACAGAAUUUUAAGGUCCUGCAUAAAUACUGUGCUCUCUACGCCACCCACCUGAUCAAAGAAGGCAAGGCAGAGAAAGUGCUUGACCUGUACGUACAGCACGGCAUGCCAGCCAGUCCAGAGAACUUUAACAUCUACAAGCGCAUGUUCUUAGAGCUGAUGAACCUCCAGGACAGGAAUGACGCCAAAGCUUAUCGGAUGUGGGCUAACCUCAGAGAUGUUUUACACUUACUGUGUGAGAACGUGACCAAGUCUUCAGAAGCCAACUCUCCAGCCCAUGAAGUCUUCGAGCAGAUGCUUGUGGUCGCUCACUAUUACGCAACCCGCUCAGCAGCGCAAGGCAUCGAGCAGCUGAGUACUGUGGCGGCCAAAUUAUCCAUCUCACUGCUGCGGCACACAGAGCUUAUCCCAGCAGACAAGGCUUUUUAUGAGGCCGGCUGGGCAACAAAGUCUGUUGGCUCUGAGAACAUGGCUUUCAUUUUCCUCAACCACUUCCUGGAUUUGGCAGAUAGUAUUGAAGAAGGAACGCUGGAUGCUUUAGACCACUCAGACUUUCAGGACACAGACAUUCCCUUUGAGGUCUCUCUUCCAUCAAAGCUCCAUGUCACGGUGGAGAAGAGGGAAGAGAUCAGGGACUGGCUUCUGACUGUUUCGAUGGAGCAGCGGUUAGAUCCGGUUCUACCCAAAGAUGAGAGAGGCACGUACGAGGCCUCGCUGCUCGCCACUAAAACCGGCAUCCGCUCGUUUCCCUGUGUAAUUACAGGUUACCCAGUUCUCCGUGACAAAAUUGAGUUCAAAAGACCAGGGAUGGCAGCUAACAAGGACGACUGGAAUAAAUUCCUUAUGGCUACCAAGACCACUCACAGUCCCGAGUGCCAGGACGUCCUGAACUUUAUAUCGCGCUGGUGUGGUGGUCUUCCAUCUGCUGGAUUCACCUUUCAUUAAGGGAAAGUGACUUUUCAGGGUUGGAGGAGCUGCUCUAAAGAAUUGUGCGACGUCCAGUGUGCGGUUACUCAAAUCACCUCUUGUUACAGUUGUGAAGAGCAGAAAAAGGAAUUCAGAGGGAUUCAGAUUCCAGUACUAGAACCUGAUGCGCUCUCAUGCUGCUGUAACCCAUUUGCAACAAAGUUCAACAUGUGCUGAAAAAAGCUGAGAUGCUCCUCGUGUUUGUAUAGAGUGGAUAUUUGAGUUACUUUAUAUGUCCUGUCAGCUCGAAAGGGGAGUGCUCUAACAACCGCUACACCAAGUCACUAGACCACAUCCCCGUAUUCUGAUGUCUGAUGCGAAUAUUAACUGAAGCACUUAAUCUGUAUCUGCAUGAAUUUAUACACAUGACCGGCUGACUACAUGAAUGAACAUGGGUACACGUGUUCCUAUUUAAGUGGCAUUAAGAAAGACACAAAUGUAAUAAAAUACUAUCUUUUGAUA